GACUAAUUCAAAUUUAAAUUGUUGCUGUAAACAAAUAGAUAAAUUGAAAGCUAGUAUUAUGAAAAGAGAAAACUUCAUCCUAACUCAAUUUACAUUAUAUAACACUCAACAAACAAAAGUCUCAACUUUUCUCAGCAAUUUAGAUAAAAAAUUAAAUACAUUACUUAACAAUUCUCGAUCUGCUAUACCUCUUCCAAAUUUACCAACACCUUUUAUUGAUUUCUUACCAUUGAAAUCUAUGAACAACUUAGAUUUGGUAGAACAAAUAUUAAAACCAGAAAGUGAAAAUUCAAACUUUAACUGUCAUGCUGAAGAACUAAAAAAUUAUUUGGUUCUCCAAACAGGAUCAAAUCUUUCAUUGAGUGCUGCUGUUUCAAAAUGUUUUGAUUUAUGUUUUACCAGACAUGUGGCGUCAAAUUUUAGUUUUCAUGGAAAAACAAAAAGAUCAUUCAAAGUAUUACACUUGUACAAAGUAAUGAAUGAAUCUUUAUCUGGACGCAUAAAAACUAAAGAUGACGUUUCUGCAGCUAUUCAAGUCAUCAAUAACAUUUUGAAACACUCUAAACCUCUAUUUGUUGAUUAAUUUUUAUUUUAUUCAUAUGUAUGAUUACAAAAUGUAAUAAAUAUAUAUUUUUUCUUAUUUUAUAACAUAUAUAUGCCUUUAUAUUUUUA